AAGAAAGCGAGAAAGCGAGAGAGAGAGAGAGAACAAGCGAGCCAGAAAGCAAGAAAGAAAGCAAAAAGAAAGACAGCAAGAAAGCGGGAGAGAGCAUCGAAAAAGCGAGAGAGAAAGCAAGAAAGAAAGAAAGAAAAAAGAAAGUAAGCGAGAAAGCGAGAGAGA